AUGCGUCUGGACAGCUUUCUCUCCCAGGUUGCUCUCAUGAGCCUAGCUGGUCUAGGUGUCGCCACGGAGCAGCGUGAGCUUGACGGCCGAGACUUCAACAUCAACCAGCCUCAGCUUGAAGCCCGGGUUUUCACCGCACCACCCAGACUCGGGAUGCGGUUUUCCCCUGGGUUGCCAAUCAUCAUCAACCGCGAUUUUGAGGAGGUUGACCUGGAAACCCGCGGCUUGUUCAAGGACACGAUGAAGAAGUGCCAGAAGAACCCAAAGAUCUGCGAGGCCAUGCGCCAGAUAGUCAAGCCUGGAAAGCGCGAUGUUGAAGAGCCUGAGCUGCAAACCCGCAAGUCGACCAUGGGGGCUUCGGGUCGAAAGAGAUUGGGGUCUACGCGCCAGAGGAUGUGCAAGUUAUUUCCAUCCGCUUGUCGCUUCCCCAAGCCCAAGGGAAAGCGCCAUGUUGAGGAGCCCCAGCUCGAAACUCGCAAAGCCCCGUUCAAGUCCAACUUCAAAGAUAUGGUCCGCUACUCCCGCGAGCGCGCUCGCCGCACUAAGAAAGCCCUGAAAACUCCGUCUCGACGCUCACUGGACUAUGAGAGUGUCCCCACAUCCAGAUUGCCCUUCCCUCGGACUAACCGCCGACCUCACGCUGUCAGCGUCUAG